AUGAUGACAAUCAAACUCUCUCCUCUCCUCCUCAUCGUCGCCUUCAGUGCGCUCUACGCACAGGUGAACGCCACACACGAGGCCUACUGCACCGACAACAAAGACGGCACGGGUCCACCCACCUACCAGAUCACCAAGGACUGCUGUGCAGCCACCGCGGAGCAUCGCUCCACAUUUUUCAACGAGGCCACUCAUACUUGUCAAGAUGGACCUGGGGACACCGGAAACGGCAUCAAUCUGGGCCGCUUCGUGCGGUGCUGUGGCGACCGAGGCGCUGGUAGCCACAGCGACGGUUAG